UGAAGGAGCGCGACUGACCUCCCGUCCGGAGCCGACAUUGAAGCCUACCGCCCGGUGUGUGUGUGUGUGUGUGUGUGCGCGUGUCUGUGCGUGUGCGUCAUCCUCUCUCUGUGCCAACCGGCUGAGCGCGAGGGGCUCACAUGAACGGUACCAUGGCUGCGAGCUCAAACAGGAUAAUGCUGGGCCCGCUCGUGGCCGCAAUCGACCAGGGCACGAGCUCCACCCGGUUCCUGGUGUUUAACUCGAAAACGGCGGAGCUAUUGAGUCACCAUCAGGUGGAAAUCAAGCAGAGCUUUCCCAAGGAAGGAUGGGUGGAGGAGGACCCGAAGGAGAUCCUGCAGUCGGUGUACGAGUGCAUGGACCGCACGUGCGAGAAGCUCACCCAGCUCAACAUCGACAUCUCAAACAUCAAAGCUAUCGGAGUGACGAAUCAGCGAGAGACCACCAUCGUCUGGGACAAAGAGACCGGGGAGCCCCUAUACAACGCCAUCGUCUGGUUGGACCUGAGGACCCAGUCCACGGUGGAGCGGCUGAUCAGCAAGACACCAGGACGCAACAAGAACCACUUAAAGCACAAGACGGGCCUGCCGAUUAGCACCUACUUCAGCGCGGUGAAGCUGAAGUGGCUGAUGGACAACGUGGAGGAGGUUCACCGCGCGGUCGUCUCCAAGCGCGCCAUGUUCGGCACCGUGGACUCCUGGAUCAUCUGGUGUCUGACCGGGGGGAGGUCCGGGGGGGUGCACUGCACAGAUGUGACCAACGCCAGCCGCACCAUGCUGUUCAACAUCCACACACUGGACUGGGACCCAGAGCUCUGCAAGUACUUUGACAUUCCCAUGGAGAUCCUGCCCAAAGUUCGGAGUUCCUCUGAGAUCUACGGCCUCAUGAAAAUAGGUUCUAAGCUGAAAUCGGGAGCCCUCAACGGCAUUCCCAUUUCAGGGUGUCUUGGAGAUCAAUCGGCAGCGCUGGUCGGACAGAUGUGCUUCCAAGAAGGACAGGCCAAAAACACUUAUGGGACGGGCUGCUUCCUGCUUCGCAACACUGGCGCUAAGCCGGUGAUGUCGGACCACGGCCUUCUGACUACGGUGGCCUACAAGCUCGGCAGGGACAAACCAGCCUGCUACGCACUUGAGGGCUCUGUGGCCAUCGCCGGGGCCGUGGUACGCUGGCUCCAGGACAACCUGGGCAUCAUCCAGACCUCGGAGGAGCUGGAAAAGAUGGCCGCCUCCGUCGGUACCUCCUACGGUUGUUAUUUUGUCCCAGCGUUCUCCGGACUCUACGCCCCCUAUUGGGAGCCAAGUGCAAGAGGGAUCAUUUGCGGGCUGACGCAGUUCACCAACCGCAAACACGUGGCGUUCGCAGCCUUGGAGGCGGUGUGCUUUCAGACGCGAGAGCACAUUUUGGUGGAGAAAGGGGAAUAUGGAAGUUUCUGCCGGCGAGUCAGCGACCCGCCGCCCACUCUCGCUGGACUCUUGGGUCUCGCGAAGUAACAAAUUGCUUUACGGCACUACAGACCCACAAACACAGAACCCGCUCGAUAUAAACACACGUAGAGGAGGGAUUGUUACAUUCAUCAUGGAUCAACCGACUAAAAAGAGACAGAGAAACCCAAUGUCGGAGGAACAGAAGAGAAAAGGGAGACGACCGACAGAGAGGCCAGACACGAGUAAACGUUGGGCGAGCUUCUCAGGAAUAGCGUGAACUGAAAGAAAAAUCAGACGCCGACUUGGCCGUGAUGCUUUUGAAAUUGUAAGUACCCUUGGGUGAACUUUGUCUUCGUGGCUGUCUUGAUGUUGAUAAUCUCUGUAAAAAUGUGUUUGCUCGACCGUUUCGUGAGCCCUGUAUGUUUCUAGCUUGCUUGCUUGCUGGGGUGUUGGCGUACUCGCUACCAAACACCUUUUGUUCCAUGAUUUUUUUGCUAUUCGUCUGUCUCGUCCCCCAGAUACAGGCUAAAUCCCUGAAUCCAGGUUUUGUUUUUUUAGAUCAUAGCUAUUCAAAAGCCCCAGAUUUUCCUAAGAGUGUAGCCUAUAUCAUGUGAUAUGUCCGGCUGGUCAUAUUAUGCAGUACCUUGCACUUGAGCUGCUAGUUAGCAAAUAUUCGUUGGAAACAGAACUGUUACAUUUUACGAGACAUGAACCUCCAUUAUAGCUUUAUCCAUGUUAUACCUUUGGUGUUCCCCGCGUGUAAACAUGUUUGUAAAAAGAUGCUUUGUAUUUUUUCUUCGUUACAAGCGUUUGCACACAGCCUUGUUAUGAGUUAUCGUUACGAGGCUUGAUGACCCAAGACGGCUCGGCCUGAUUGCCCCGGUACAGCCACCACCGUCAUCCGAACUUGUGCGGGUACAAGUGUCUCGAGGAAAUCCAGAGAACCAUCAAGAAGAUGCUAGACAAUAGCCGUAAGGCAAAAACAAACCGUGAAGAACUGUCACUUACAUUAUUUUGUGUGUAUUAUUGAACAAAUGAAUGAAAGUUGGUGCAAACAUCUGUUAUAUAAAAAAAGGGAAACGUUUUAAUACCAUAUUCAAUAAUAUUUAUUUACAAACAUUUGCACGUAAACAUGUGUCCCUAAUCUUCCACACGCAGCAUCUGGCUAUGACAACCUACCUGCGGGGACUGGCGACAGCAUACCCUCUCGAUGUCUGAAUCCAACUCCCUGCAAUUCCAUACACAAGUGACGUACUUGAGCAGAUACAUAAAUAUAAUAUUGCUGCGCAAAUUGUUAAUGCUAUCGUUAUGUAUUAUGUUGGCCAACACUCUUACACUGAUCAAAGAUAAAAGAUAAAAAAUAUAUAAUUUAGGAUAUAAAAUCUCCCCGUCAACUAUAAAAAAGGAUGGGUUUAUGUUUAUUGUAACACCAAUACACCAUUUCAAAAUUUAUAACCUUGUCUACUCUUUAUGAACAUCCACCUCGGACAUGGCUCCUCGCAUUCGCCGGCUUCUUUGAAAACAAAUGCCCAUGGCUAGCGUAGAAGUGCAUGGGGAAGGGUCAUCUACGAGUUGUGACGACAGUGUUGUAAAAUAUCUACUACGAAGCUGUAGGGGGAACUGUGUGGAGAAAAGUGUGAGCGCAAACCGAGAAAACGGUGACGAAAUGGCCGAUCUUGCAUGAUAUCUGCAAGAGCAAGCUUUGCAACGUCUUGGACAUUGCAACAGAGACACUCGGAUUACUUUGCCGUCCUGCGAUCUCAUCGGACUCAGCUGCCACUCCUCCCCGAAAAAGGAUACGUCAGAAGCAGUGUGCGAGGAAGCAGAAGAGGGGCAAGCAUGGAUGUAUUCGGGCUAUGCUAGCGGCUGGUCCGAAUCACCGAGCCAUACCAUCCAUCCUCCUGGCUAACGUCAAUCACUGGACAAUAAAAUGGACCAUAUACGACUGCUGAGGUCAGCGAAUCGUAAAGUGAGUAACUGCUGUGUGCUUGUUUUCACCAAAACACGGACUGGAGGUGGCGGGGUCUGUGUUUACAUCCGGGAUGUGUGGUGCCGUGACGCUGCGGUAGUAUGAUCAUAAGGUGCCGUCCUUUCUUCCUACCGAGGGAGUUUACUGCGAUUUUGCCAUUGCGGUGUACAUCCCUCCAACCUCCACCAGCAGCGACAGGAAUGCGGCACUUUGUGAACUGUAUCAGACCAUCAGUGAACAACAGACGGCACACCCAGAUGGAUUCAUCCUCGCUGGAGAUUUGAAUCAUGCUGAUCUUAAUACUGUCCUUCUAAAACUCUACCAGCAUGUUAAUUUCACAACAAGAGGAGAUAACAUUUUGGAUAUGGUCUAGACUACACACAAAGGAGCAUACAAGGCCUCCUCCUUGCCCCACAUCGGACUCUCUGAUCUUAUCACUGUUAUGCUCAUGCCAGCCUACAGACAGAGAGUGAAAGUCUCCAAACCGGUUCGGAAGCAGGUACGUGUGGGGCCUGCCUCCUCUACUCUUCAGGACUGUUUUGGAACAACAGACUGGGAAAUGUUUAAACAGACAUUGAGGAGUACACAGACACUGUUACUUCUUACAUCAGGAAGUGCAUCGAUGAUGUGACUCACACAAAGACCAUCGUCAUUCGGGCUAACCGGAAGCCAUGGCUGACGGGGGAUGUCCACCGGCUGCUGAGUACCAGAGACAACGCCUUCAAAUCCGGGUAUGAAACUGGCCUGAGAACAGAGAGAGCCAACCUGGCAUCAGGAAAGCAAACAGGAAAAUACAAAAAAGAUAACCUGCCACUUCAAAGACGGCAGAGACGCGCAGAGCCUGUGGCAGGGCUUUCAGACCAUCACGGACUACGAGCCCGCGCUACAGACGACAACAUCUCUCUACUCAACAACCUCAACAGCUUCUUUGCACGGUUUGAAGCCACAAACAAUACAAACCCAGAGAAAACUUCACCCACCCCCCACGAUCAUGCUCUGUUCCUGUCUGCUGCCAGUUUGAAGGACACCCUCCACUAUCAACUCCCACAAGGCAAUGGGCCCAGACAACAUUCCAGGCCGUGUGUUGAACGACUGCACAGAGGAGCUUAAGGAUGUCUUCAAGGAUGUCUUUAACACAGCUUGAGACAAGCUUCUGUUCCAUCACAUUUCAAGGCCACCAUCAUCAUACCUGUGCCAAAGAAACCUGCUCCAUCCUGAUUCAAUGACUAUCGCCCUGUGGCAUUGACCCCCAUCAUCAUGAAGUGUUUCGAACGGCUAGUCAUGUCACACAUCAAGUCCAUUCUCCCCCCCCCACCCUGGACCCCUUUCAGUU